AUGGAGGGUGUCACUUUGGAGUUCCGCAAAGCAUGGCACGACCUCACAAAGAUGAAAAUCGAUUGGCAAAACCUUGGCCGCCGAUCUCUUCCCCUUGUGGCAGCCAGCGCUCUGAGCACAGGUGCUCUGAUCUUGUGGAAGCAACAGGUGCCUCCGAAGGGUGAUCUUCUCGCGGCAUCUUGCACGUUCAGGUGUACGGCUGACUCGAGGCUGUCAGGCUCUGUGGUGGAGCAGCUACGUGAGGCUGGUGCCGGUGCGGCGGAGGUGGCGGCGCUGCGCCGUGCGGCACAGAGACUCCGCGGCCCCAUCGAGCGAGACCUCAUGCGCGCUCAACUGGAAGCCGAGAAGCUUCAGGACAAACGACACCUCUACGUGCAACUUGUUGAGGAGUGGAGGCAAGCUGGCUUUUUCCAGGAGCCACUUGAAGCAAAGAGGCCGCGGGCCGCCAAUGUGGGGAUCGAUCUCGUAACCCAGAUUGACGAGUCUUAUGGGCGAGACAUUGGCAGCGAGGUGCCUCUCUGUCUUCUCGAAGAGAAGGCAGGUUCAGAUCCUGCAAGUGUCCGACGCUCCCUUACUCCAGAGGAAUGGCAAGCUGCAGCUGAUGCUUUGGAAGUGCACGGCGUGGCCAUUCUCAAAGGAAUGCUUACGCUGAAGGAGGUGGGCGAGCUGCGCGGGCAAGUGCACCUUCACAGCAGUGCCAUGGACAUCGCUCGCAGUAGGGGCCCUCCGGAAGCUGUGCCUGUUCGCGAGUUCAAAGCUGAAGCUCUGCAGGCGGAGGAUGAGGAACUUGAGCCUUAUAUGUCGGCACCUGGUCGACAACACUACUAUCUGCGUGGACGAGUCUUCGAGGAGGCAGUGCAAGCGGCGCAAAGGGCGGCCAUGCCUCUUGUUUGGGAGGUCUUGUGCCGCCAGCACGCUGCGGCGGGGUACCCGCUCACGAAGAGACCGUACGUGUCGGAGGUCCAGCUGAUGACCUCAGAUCCUUGUGCUGUCGACCAGUUCUGGCACAUGGACAACAUAGCUCCUGGUCUGACCCUCGUGGUGCCGCUGACAGCCGUUCCCGAGGACAUGGGUGCCACCUUGCUUCUUCCUGGCUCGCAUCACUGUGUUGGACAGGAACAAGGUGUUGUCAGCAAAGCGCGCGCCUUCUUGCGCUCCAUGCUGUCAGCCAAUUCCCGACCGGCUGUGACUUUGGAGCUGGGGGAUGCCUUGCUGUACGACUCGAGGCUUCUCCACCGCACUGCAGCAAAUCGUCGCUACGAUCGUAUGGCCGCCGUGCUCGUGUUCCGGUACGACUACGACAGGCCGCCCGGGAUCGGGCUCCUGGCGUCGCAGCUCUACUCAUGGUGGGGCAACGCCCUGUCAGGCUUCCAUCGCUUCUAUUGCCGAUUGCCUGGGCCCGUUGACGCUUCCUAG